AUGACUUUACCACUAGUCACUAGAGAAGACACAUCUCUUGAUCCUGUAGAGUGGUCAUCGACCAGAGAUGUAGCACACAACUUACUUGACUCAUUGUUAAAUUAUACUCAAUGUGUGCGAGAUCGUCCAGUUUGGCAACCUAUUCCAAAUGACAUACGCAUGAUACUCGAAAAUGAAGCGUUUCCAGAACAAGGCCAAACAUUAUCAGAUGUCUGCCAACAUGUACUCACUUACUUUCUACCUUACUCUCUAGGCAAUACGCACCCUCGUUUUUGGGCUUGGGUUGUGGGCGAAGGGACGCUAGGUGGUACACUUGCUGAUUUGAUCGCUGCAACAACGAACUCAAUGACUGGUGGUGGUACUCAUAGUGCUAUAUUAGUCGAGCGUACAGUCAUUAAAUGGAUGCGUCAACUGUUUGGUUAUCCAGAAGGAAGUACUGGUGGCCUCAUUGCAAGUGGAACAUCAAUGGCAACAGUAACAUGUUUAGCAGCGGCUCGCCAAAAAGCACUAGCAAAUGUGCGAACAGAUGGACUUAUCAAUGGGCCAAAACUGGUUGCUUAUGCAUCGACCGAAGUUCAUAUAUGUGUUGUGAGAGCAUUCGAAUUGUUAGGACUUGGGUCGAAUGUUUUGCGGCGUGUAUCAGUCGAUGAAAAUUUUUGUAUCAACAUCGAUGAACUGAAGGCAUGUAUUCGAACGGAUCGUGAUAAUGGCUUUCUUCCUUUCUGCAUUAUUGGAAACGCUGGUAUGUCUGAUAGAGGUCUACAAGAAAAAUUUACUUGA